AUGUCUGAUUUUGCGAUACACAACGCAUAUGUCUAUCAGCCUCUGGGCGACAGAGAAAUUCGCCUUCUAGAGCUCUUUCCCGACAAGUUCGACAGUCCCUUGCAGUGCAGGAUCUUUACUGCAAAGCUUGAUGAGAAACCGGCAUACGAGGCACUGUCGUACGUGUGGGGUCCACAAACACCACCACAUGCCAUACACUGUACAGGAUCACCACAAGAUGAAGGGACCGGCUUCAGCAUAGGCCCAAACUUAUCUGAUGCAUUGCGGCAUAUUCGCAACAAGCCGACAUCGGAUAACUCUGUGUCAAUCACUAUUUGGAUUGAUCGCCUUUGUAUUAAUCAGGAAGAUGACCAGGAGCGAUCUAGCCAAAUUCCUCUCAUGGGCGAAAUUUACCAGUGCUCAAGACAAACUAUUGUUUGGCUAGGGACCGAAGAUGAAUACACCCAUAUUGCUUUCAAAUCCGCCGAAUACGUGUACCAGAAAAGACUCGAGAAUGGGGAGAACCCGGACCCUCUGGCAUCUGUUAUGGCCCGUGAGAGCUAUGAGCCGUCACACUUUGGCCUCACUUUUGAUGAAAUAGAAGCCACGUUUUCUAUUCUUUAUCGCGAGUGGUUUGAACGGGGAUGGGUGCUACAAGAAGCUGUACUGCCCCAACGAGUCCUUAUACGUUGCGGCGGUCUCUCAGGGCCUAUAGAAUGGUUUCAAAGCACUUGGUUGCCGUUCAAGAGAGAUAGUUUGCCAAAGACGCCGCCCACGUUGUACUCAUUACAGAGGCUCAGAAUCACCUUCGACAACUCCACAGAUCGCGUACUUCCAGGUUGGGAACUGUCUCGCUUGCUACGCGGUCGUCGACACUUCAAACUCUCCGUGCCUCACGAUAUCAUUUACUCCUUACUCGGCUUGUUCGAGCCAUCGGUAUCAGAAGUAAUAGCUCCCAACUACAAUUCACAACUCGCAGAUGCUCUCACAAGAGUAGCCGCCUUCAUAAUUCGUGAGCAUGGCGACUUACAUAUAUUAGGCGAUGUUGAGUGCCCAAAACACGAAAGGAACAACAGUAAUUGUCCUAGUUGGGUGCCUGAUUGGAGAGCGUGUGAAGGUGGACGAUUUGCUACAGAUGUGCCGAACAAGUCGAUAUAUGAUGCGACUAGACGAGUUGCAAACUAUUGCAAGCUGUCUUUGGGUGCACGAGAGCUUCCAGUCUGUGCAAUCCCUUUGGGUACGGUUAGGCAGUAUGGGGACUACCAUGAUCUACAGAACAUCGAAGAAUUUGGGCUACCGAAAACGUAUAAGCAUACGCGCCAACCAAUUGCCGCGGCUCUCCGCCAAACCCUGAUACUCGACGACUUUAAUUGCAUAUCCCCAUUAGACGAGCAUGACGUCAUUACGAAACAACAUCCCUAUCGCAGAGGUCUUUCAACUUUUUUUUGCCUCCCUACCGCUCGCACAUCACCUCUACUGGACUUGAAACAGGUGGAGGAGCAUUAUCUACUGAGCUUUGGUCGUGGGAGGUACAAAGACAACAUUGCAGAAAACUCGUUCUUCCACACAGAUUCUGGGUAUAUUGGACUUGGCCCGAAGAAUAUUUCAGAAAACGAUGGCAUUUUCUUAUUGCUUGGAUACUUUGCUCCUGUUGUUCUGCGACCCAAUGGUGAUAAGUUUGAGUUUGUAGGCACUUGUUAUCUUCAUGGAGCCAUGUAUGGCGAGGGAAUGCACCCUGACAUGGGUUUUGAUUCUCGUCACUAUCCCGGCAGCCGGCCACAAGACGAAUGGAGGAUGGCCAAAGACUCACGUCCCACAAGAUCCGUUAUGACCAUAACAAAUGAGUUCCAAAUGUUGCUUGCAACGUUGGGAGUCGUCAGAUACGAAGAAAUUGUACAAGGACCAGUAGAAGGGAAAGAUUGGAAUGGCGAAUUGGAAGAAUGCAAGACAAGAUUGAAAGAAUACAUGGUAGAAUGGAGAACUGGGAAGCAAGUUAUGUGGGAGAAUGGUGAAGAAGAGGAGGAAGAAGAGGAGGAAGAAGAGGAGGAAGAAGAGGAGGAAGAAGAGGAGGAAGAAGAGGAGGAAGAAGAGGAGGAAGAAGAGGAGGAUGCAGACAUGGCUGAGUUUCGCCGCUGCUUGCCAAUUCUUCGGAUCCAUGAUUAUAUGAAUUCUGAAGCAGAUUCUUUAAUGGCACAAACGGGGCUUAUUUUCGGUGAGGAUCCAGAAUCAGCGCGAGCAGCUGCAAGUUCAAAGGUGAAAGAACGCCGGUUCUGGUUCAUAGAAGAAGAGCGUGAGCCACUUUUAAUUACCACUCAGCAAAUCAUUAUAAUAUGA